AUGUUCCGAUUAUCAUCGCCCCCAGGCGCUAGUGCUGCUACUGCAAUGGUCAACGGCGCUUGCUGUCCGGGACAUCCGCAAACAAAGGCGGCGGAUAACACGGAGACGGGACGCGGCGCGCUGGAUAGGCCGUCGGGAAAGCGGCGGCUCGGUCAGCAACUGCCGCAGCCGCAACCGCAGCAGCCGCUGCAGUGGAAAGCUCAAAGCCACUCGGCGGAAGGGGGAGCCGCUGCAGGCACGGGCGCGGGCACGUUCGCGGGCGCUGGCGCGGACGCGGACGCUCACGCGCGCGCCCGAGCGGGCGCGGAUGCGGGAGCAGGUGCGGCUUUAACAGGCCCGGGCCGUUUCGUCUGGACGACCUGUUGGACCGAGGAAGCUCACAAGAACUUUCUCGACCUUAUCGAAGCCGACUUCGUGCGGCGAAUGUAUUCUCGGCAGUACUGCCACGCCGAUAUUUGCGGCGUGAAUGAAGCUGGAACCUGCGGCGGCGGCGGCGGAGAGUGUCAUGUGGCGCAGAAACCGCGCGGCGGAGGAGGAGAAGUAGGCGGCGGCGGAAGCAGCCGCGCGGCUGUAGCUGCGCCGUUCGAAGCGCCUCAAACGUCUCAGACAAGUCAAAGCGGCGGCGGAGGCGGCGGAGCGGGAUGGCCCGUGGCGGCGUGCGCCGGUGUGGGAAGCAAACGACGACGGCAAGGCGAGGAGGGGUCGCACAGCUGGCGGGAGGCUACAGCCGACGCAGGCGACGCAGCCGCUACAGCCGCUACAGCUGCUAGGAUCAGCAUCAGUUCCGCUGCUGGAUCGGCGGAUGUGACAAUGAGUGCCGGCUGUAGCAGCAGCGCGUCUGGCACCUGUGCUACCGGCAGUAGCGAGGCCGACAAUAGCGGGGAUGGCUUAUCCGACGAUGCUACUGGUGGCAGGAGCAGCGUUGACUGGGGCUGUGAUAGUGAAGACUUCACGGCGGUACUAAGGGGGUAUGGCGAGGAGGGCGACGAGAAUGCGAGCAGCUGUGAUAGCGUGUGUGGGGGAGGGGAGGAGGUGGAGCAGCGGCUGUGCCCUGCAGCCACUGCCUGCUUCCUUCCGCGCAUCUCACUGCCUAUCAUCCUGCUGCUUCUCCUUCCGCCUUGA